UGUCGCUGAACAAACACCUGUGUCGAGCUCGAGCAAGUUGCUUGGCACAUUGAAGGAAUCGUCCACCGCUACCACUUCCUCGUCCACUCCACAGGCUCUACUUCGUGACACCACAGAGACAUCGGCAUCAUCAGGGCGCUGCCUUUCCUCAUCUCCUGGUCCAACCAUUCUGUUCCACCAACAUCCUGAUUGGUAUUUGAAAUUUUACAUCAGGAUCGAUCGCUCACGAUCUUUCCACACAUAUCCUGAUGUGGGUGGACCAUUCGAGAGCUUACAAGCAGCUGAAAAUGCUAUUGACUGCCAUCUUCAUGGCCUCCAGCAUGAGACGAUGCGCAAGGAAUCAUUAGACAAGCUUUCUCCAAUGGAUUGGCUUAUACAGCGGUCUCUUUAUUGGCCUGAUGGCAGCAGGAGAAAAUAUUCAGAUGCAGCUGCUUCUAAGAAUACUCUUACACAAACGGGACAUUUGCUUAAAGCUGUAGUGGACAAGUACAACGACGAUCACAAACUUUCUGGGGAUUGUGCGUAUGAACUAAAAGAUGUUCUGAACUAUCAAACAAUUCGGGAGGGGAAUAUUUGGUACAGUCAUUUCAACUUCACUACAAAGGCAAAAGGAGCUGGUGUUGUCGACAAUCUAUUUUUUGCUGAAGUGGUGCAAGGAGAUGAAAUGGUGGUCACCUGUUUCUGCAUGAUCAAUACUGAUGCUAAUGGUCGCUGCUAUGGUUGUAUAAAUAAUGGAAGUUUUGGUAUGAAGCACCCCAAGGAAGCUAACACAUACAAUGCUGGUCACCCGGCCGCUUAUUUGCUAUCUGAAUGUACUGGAGAGAGGGAUGUCUCAAGUGAUGAUGAUGAUGAGGAGGAGGAGGAGGAAGAUGUAUGA